CGCUCGCUCACUUCUCGACGACACACCGACCGACAUGGGAUCCAACAAGCCUCGCGGUCUCCAGGCUGCUCGCAAGCUCCGUAAUACCAGGCGUGACAACCGCUGGGCGGACAAGAACUACAAGAAGCGUGCGCUCGGGAACAUCUACAAAACCUCACCAACCGGUGGUUCUUCCCACGCCAAGGGCAUCGUACUCGAAAAGGUCGGCGUUGAGGCUAAGCAGCCCAACUCUGCCAUCCGCAAGUGUGUGCGUGUACAGCUCAUCAAAAACGGCAAGAAGGUUACCGCUUUCGUACCUCGUGAUGGUUGCUUGAACUUCGUGGAUGAGAACGACGAGGUCCUCAUCUCUGGUUUCGGUCGCCGGGGUAAGGCAAAGGGUGAUAUUCCUGGUGUACGUUUCAAGGUAGUGAAGGUAUCUGGUGUUGGUCUCCUUGCAUUGUGGAAGGAGAAGAAGGAGAAGCCCCGUUCAUAAACGCCUGUUCGACUGCUAUAUGGGAUAGUGGGCUUCCGUUGUACGGUCGGUGUGCCGGAUUUGACUGCACGGCUGUUCACGUAGUAUGGCAUCUUAUGAAUGACUAUGCUACACCAUUCUAACCGGAAGUGACUAU